AUCAUAGUUCACCGAGCAAUGCCCCUGAACUGGCUCCUUCCACGGCAGGUGCGUACUGUUAAAAGUCCAUAACCACGGCAACUGCGCGCCUUCCUUGAACCCAAGAACGUCCUUACCCAUCGUCCCAAAGCCAGGCAGCCCAAAUUCUUCUCAACUUCUUUCUUUUCAACUCUUUCAACCCCUUUAACUCUUUUAACCCUCUUAACCUUCACACCAAGCUUGACAACAAACCAUCUCAGAAUUAGCUCUUCUAUCUUCUCUCAUCUCAGAAGAAGAUACGCUCAUGAGAUAUAGGAGACUUGCCCACCAUGCCCGUCAUCUCCACUCUUAGCAACUCGGUGGCGCGCGUGAUGCCUGUUGCCAAUAUCACGGUUGCCAAUAUCACGGCCCUCCCGUCGCUUGUUUCGUCUGGUAUCCAGGCAUCGCCAGCACUGAUCUUGCCCUUGACAAUGCCCUCCAACGUCACAGGAUCAGCCGGGACUACCGAGUCUGAACCCUCUCCCAAUUUCGUCGCGGCUUAUGUAGUCCUUUUCACCGUCCCCGGCAUCUUCAUCGUCAUCGCCGUCAUCGUCACCAUCAAAGAUCGCCGUGCCGCAAAGGCCUGCAACCCCGACGUCGAACUCGAGGAGUUCCAUCCGCACUGGUUCCCGUGGCGCAACGCCAUUCGGGAGACCGAGGGUCCUUCGCCGGGCCAGGUGCGCUCCAGGGCCCCAACUCCCAAGCCCGCUGCCGCCGCCGAAGAUGGCAAAUGGCGAUGGAAGAUCGUCAAGGGAAAAGGUAAGCAGCCCGAACGCCCCGUCCCCGCCUCCCCGAGGUCAAGCCUCCCUGGCGAGAUAAGAUGGACUAACCCUCUCGAUAUCGUCGGCCCAGCCAAACCCACCUCGACCUCCCGCGGCGGCCCGCCCCAAACCGCCGAAGAAUGGCAAGAGUUCCUGCGCCGCCCGCACCCACGGGGAAACAACAACGCGAGGGCCAGGGCGCAGACCCAACCCACCAGCAGGUCCAAGGGCGGCCGCCGCCUGGUGCCCGUCCAGGAACAAACGGGCGAGCCGUCCCAGUCCCGGUCCCGCACCCACUCGGCGCCUCUGCCCUUCCCAACCCCCUGCCGCCGACCCUGUUCAAGAACCGCGCCCCCUCGGAGCCGAACGCCUACGCCCACAUCCAGAUCGCCUUGCCCCUGGCCCUGCCCCAGCGCCCGUCAACCUCGCACUCGCACUCGCACUCGUCCCGGUCGCGCCGCUCGUCGCACGCCCGGUCCCCCAAGCGACGGCCCCGCGCGCACUCCCAGCCGCAGCCGCACAAGGCCGGCGAGAAGUCGACUGCCGAGAACAAGAACAUUAGCAUGGGCAAGCGCCGACAUGGCCCCAAGCUGCCCCCCGUCCCGCCCAAUACCCCGACCUCCCCCAGGGCCCUCUCGCCUUCUCCCGGUGCCGAGCAAGAGCGCCGUGAGCAGCACCUGCAGGGCAUCACUAUCCCAUACGUGCUUGCUUUUGAUUUCGGUUCGGACGCUGAGGACGAUGUGAAGAGCGACGGAGCUGCCCCGGAGAAGUAGUAGCAUGUCAAAGUCGAGGGCAAAGAUGUUGCGGCUCGGAUCUCGGCAAGCCCUUGGA